AUGACGAGAACUAUUUCCAGAAAAGAAGGCAACGCCUGUAAAAGAUUAUUGAAAAACAUUCAUUCGGAUGUUACUGGUCCCUUUAGCGCUCAAUCAAUUGCGGGAAACGCGUUUAUUGAUGAAUACUUACGAUAUGCAGUGGUAAUGUUUGUAAAGCAUAAAAGUGAAAAUAGUCUUCCUGAAUCCAAAAUUCUUGACUACUUGCAAAAAGGUCUCAUUUACUCAGAUUCCACUUUAGCUGAGAGCACCAAAAAAAUAUUCGACAAAGUGCUAAAAGCUACAACUCAAAGUCGUAGCGGGUUCUCUAGUAAAAAUAAAAGCACAGUUUCAAAUUGCCCUAAAACGUCAGAUAUGAAAGAGUGUGUAAAAUUAGAGGGCAGUCCUAGCAUUUUGUGUAAAUUUGAAAUAUGGGAAAAUUCUUUGUUGAAUUUUAUAGAAACAAGUGUGAAGAUAGGCCAAAGUAGGUGUUUAGAUCCAAAGGGGAAAUUGGUGGCUGGCAACGGCCAGAAAGUUUUGGUUGGCAACUUUUAUUAG